AGCACCAGGGGAGGUGGGUUCAGGGUAUCUGAGAUCUGAUUGUGGUUCUUCAUAGGUUAGAUUGAAGGAAAAACAGUCAUGGAGAGAGGCUUUCAUAGCAGGACUGAAGGCUGCCUCUAUGAGUGUGGACUAUCAGAGUCAGGGCAGUACGUGAUCCUGUUUGAACUUGGCAAGCAUUCUCUGGACAACACAUGCUGAGUAAUAAGUAAGAGCGCAAGGAGAUGACUGUGGGGUCCGGGACUGUAGGAGUGGAGGUGUGAGAGAGGUGUGGAAGAGAGAGUGAUGUGCACUUGGAGAGGGAGUGUGGCUUCAUGGCCAGAGCACCCUGACAUUGACAUAAGAGUGAAUGAAGGGAGAGUCCAUUUCGGGUGGAGUCUGGAUGAUAAAAUAAGGGUUAUUUUGGGGUAAUUGCCUGAAAAGAGGGGUGUUUUGGUACUACCUGCCAGGUUCAGAGCUUAGGUGACAUUUAUCUACCCAUCUGCCUUUGUCUUGGGGGUGAGACACUGAUUCUUAGGAAUGAGAUAGCAUACAUCAGUGUUACCCGGGCUUGGAAAUCUCCACGGGCAUGGGUAAGGGAGAAGGGUAAGAGAGAAAUGGAUUAUGGAGGUGGCAAUCUAUAAUUUUGGAAAGUAAGGUAAUUAGGAAACAACCCGUCCUCGCCACAGCAAAUUUGCAUUACCUUUGAAGUUGUGCCUCUGGGAAUGAAGCUGUGUGAGAGAAGUGUUCAAAGAACUAUGUGCAGCAGGUAGUACAAAGCGAUGAGCUCAGCACCCUGGGAUUGUGGUUUGAGGGUGAAGUGUGAUGCCAUGUUUUUGGUGUCUUUGAGGAACAAUCUGAGGGACUACAAAGGUAAUGCCUGACAAGACCAAUAUCAAAUCACUCACACUCUCUUUAUGGCCAACAUCUCUUCCUUCCCUCUGUUCUUGACACCCACUCUACUGUCAAGAGGAAGUAUGGAGUACGUGUGAAUCCCAUAGCUCAGUUAUGUUCUAUCUGCUCAACUGCCUUUAUUGUGGGAAGACAAAAUAUCACUAGAAAUAUAAGAUGACAGUGACUUUCAUGUUAUGAAGGCCUGGCAUCCUCUCUGGUGUGUAGAGUGGAGAGAGCAGAUUGAUGUGUAUGAUGGAAUAUGACAGAGUUGGAACCUUAGGAGUGAAUCUGGUUCCGGGCUGUACUGUCCCCAUUAUGACAGUAUAUGAACUUUGAGGACGUGGACAUUGCCUUCUCUCAGGAGGAAUGUGGGCUCCUUGAUGAGCCUCAGAGACUUCUCUAUUGUGAUGUGAUGCUGGAAGUUUUUGCACUUUUAUCAUCUGUAGGUUGUUGGCAUAAAACGGAUGAUGUGGAGGCCUGUUCUGAGCAGAAUGUAUCCAUAGGAGAGUCACAGGAUAUGAACUAUGAGGACGUGGCCAUUGUCUUCUCUCAGGAGGAAUGGGGGCUCCUUGAUGAGGCUCAGAGACUUCUGUACUGUGAUGUGAUGCUGGAAGUGUUUGCACUUGUGUCAUCUGUAGGUUGUUGGCAUAAAAUUGAUGGUGAUGAGGCCUGUUCUGCUCAGAGUGUAUCUAUAAAAGGAGAGUCACAGGUCAGGGCUUCUAAGACAGCUCCAAGAAGCCAGAAGAUCCCUCUGUGUAAGCGGCGUUUCUCUGUGUUAAAAGGUAUUUUGCACCUGAGUGGGUCACAUGCAGCAGACUUCGAGCAGAAAGCCUUCUGUACUGAUGCAUGUGUUGGAGUCUUCUGUUUCAGUGCAAACCCUCACCAGCAACAGAGGAAUGAAUGUGGAGAGGAGCCCUGGAAACAAGCUAUGGACAGGGCCUCCUCAGUGAGUAGGUCCAAUUUCUUAUCGUUGGUGCCUUUCACCAGCAGGAAGGUUGGGGAAGACUUGCAGUACAACUCAGAGCUUCUCCACCAUGAGGCUGAGGAGCUACACGGUGACAGUGAGAUUUCACAGCAGUUUCUUCAUGGAAAUAGUCAAUACCAGUGGGGUGAAUUUGAAAACGCUGCCAGACACAACCUGAAAGUUGUUCAACAUCAGGGUGUAUUUUCUGGAGAAUUGAUUUAUGAGUGUAACAAAUGUAGGAAAGAGUUUAGACAAAACUUGAAUGUCAUUCGACAUAAGAGAGUUCACACUGGAGAAAAGCAGUAUGAAUGUAGUGAAUAUGGGAAGUUCUUCAGAGAAAGACCUGAACUCAUUAGACAUCAGAGAGUUCACACUGCAGAGAACCCAUAUGAGUGUAUGGAAUGUGGGAAGUCUUUUAGCCAAAAAUCUAACUUUACAAAGCAUCUGAGAGUUCACAGUGGCGACAAGCAAUAUGAAUGCUCUAAUUGUGGAAAGUCCUUUAAUGGUAACUCUACCCUCAAAGUACACCAGAGAGUUCACAAUGGAGAAAAACCCUAUAUGUGUACAGAAUGUGGGGUGUUAUUUCGUGUAAGGUCUCACCUCACUGCACACCUCAGAGUUCACACUGGAGAGAAGCCAUGUGAGUGUACUGAAUGUGGAAAGACUUUUGGUGAAAUAUAUAAACUUAGGAGACACUUAAGUGUUCACAGUGGCGAAAAGCCAUAUGAGUGCUGUGAUUGUGGAAAGUCCUUCAGUGAUAAGGCUACCCUCAAACAACACCAAAGAGAUCACACUGGAGAAAAGCCCUAUAAGUGUAGAGAACGUGGGGUGUCAUUUCGUGUAAGGUCUCACCUCACUAGACAUCUCAGAGUUCACACUGGAGGGAAGCUAUAUGAAUGUACUGAAUGUGGGAAGACUUUUAUCCAAAAAUCUUGCCUUAUUGAGCACCUGAGAGUUCACAGUAAUGACAAGCCAUAUGAGUGCUCUGAUUAUGAGAAGUCCUUCAAUGAAGAGUCUUAUCUCAAACAACACCAGAGAGUUCACACCGGAGAAAAGCCAUAUGAGUGUAGUCAAUGUGGGGUGUCCUUUCUUCGAAGGUAUCACCUCACAAGACACCUCAAAGUUCACACUGGAGAAAAGCCAUAUGAGUGUAGUCAAUGUGGGGUGUUCUUUCGUCGAAGGGAUCACCUCACUGGACAUCUCAGAGUUCAUACUGGAGAGAAGCCAUAUAAAUGUACUGAAUGUGGGAAGUCUUUUAGCCUAAAAUUUUGCCUUAAUAAGCACCUGAGAGUUCACAGUAAUGACAAGCCAUAUGAGUGCUCUGAUUGUGGGAAGUCUUUCAAAGAACAGUCUUAUCUCAAACAACACCAAAGAGUUCACACUGGAGAAAAGCCCUAUAAGUGUACAGAAUGUGGUGUGUCAUUUAGUGUAAGGUCUAACCUCACUUCACACCUCAGAGUUCACACUGGAGAGAAGCCAUAUGAAUGUACUGAAUGUGGGAAGUCUUUUAGCCAAAAAUAUCACCUUAUUAGGCACCUGAGAGUUCACAGUGACGACAAGCCAUAUUAGUGCUGUGACGGUGGAAAGUCCUUCAGUGAUAAGUCUAUCCUCAAAGAACACCAGAGAAGUUCACACUGGAGAAAAGCCCUAUAGAUAUAGAGAAUGUGGGAUAUCCUUUCCUUGAAGGGCUCAGCACACUAGCCACCACAGAGUUCACACUGGAGAGAAGUGUUAAAUGUGCAGGGAAUGUUAUCUUUUUCUCACUUAGUACAACAACACUGAAGGUGACUCUUUGGGACCUGUUUUUCUGAAUUUAAACGCCUUUUAAUGGAACAUGCACUCUGAUGUAUUCAUCAGUUUCAGGUACAAGUGAGGCUUGAAGGAGCGGCGUUGCUAACAUGCCCAGACCUGCUAACCAAUUGAUGUCACAGCAAGUAUUUCUGACUGAAGAGAUUUCACCUCUAACACCUGGCUCACCUGAAGAGUGUGCAUCAGUCACAACCUCUGUGUGCUCAGGGGAAAUGUAUUCUGUGUUCUCACUUGUGCUUGAGAACAUUAUGAUUACUUCAAGCUCUUGACAGGAUCUUCCUUCCUUUCUGAUUAGGAAAUGCUUCUGACCCAGGGUUUGUCCAGACCACCCAUCCUCAGCUAAGGAGUGCUGCCACUUUCAGGGACAUUGCAGGUCUCACAUUAUGCUUUUAUGAAUUGUUUUACUUUCUAAUUCACCAACCUGAAAAUUGCUUACUGUUGUCUGUUCUGGUUUAUGAUCUUUAGUAAACAUGUUUUUUUCUUUUGUAGCUUUUAUUCUUUUUAAAUUUCACUCUCUGGAUGAUUUGAUACAAAAGUUGUGUUGUAUCAUCAUGGCGAGAUGAACAGAUAUCGUGGGGUCCCAAACUUUCUGUGCUUUGGAAAGCUAUAAUAAUGUCAGAAAAAUCCCUCUUUCUCCAUUGAUGGCUUCUUUUAUACCACUGACCAAGGCAAUGAAAGAAAGUUUGCAUAACUUUGUGGUUCCAAUUUGCAGCCUGGUGCAUCUAAUGUUGGUGAGGUCAGUGGUCCCCCAGAAAAGGAGUCCUUUUUUGUGCUUCUAUCAUUGUUCUCACAUUAUCCUCUGAUGAGUCGUUUUAGGUUGUAAUUCACCAACUUACAGACUGGUUGCUGUCCUCUGUUCUGGGUUAUGAUCAUUCAGUAAAGGGUGUUUUGCUUUUGUACCUUUAAUUUUGUGGGUUAUAUUCACUGCCUGGGAUGAUUUGAAGGGUUUGUUGUGAUCUGUCACAUUUAGUGGUGAACAGAUAUGGUUGGGUCCCAAACUUUCUGCUCUUUGGAAGGCACAUAAUAAUGGCAAAAAAUCACUCUUUGUCCAAUCUUGGUUUAUUUUCUUUGCUAACCAAGUCCUUUAACAAAAAUCUGCAUGACUUUUUGGUUCUAAUUUUGUAGCCUGGUGCCUGUAUUAUUUAUGAGGUCAAUGAUCACCCGGAAGAAGAGUCCUUUGUUGUGCUUCUGUGAACAAUAUGAAUUAUAUUCUCUGUUCAUAGUAUGUCUUACAUUCUGCACAGAAGCCCUGAGCCAUGUGUGUGAAAUAUCACAGGCUGGUUUCAGUUGUUGUAACACUGUGAAGUGCAACUAAUAUUGGGACAGACACUGUUUUCAUAGUGAGUGGAAGAGACAUCAGUAUAUUGGAUGAAAAUUGCCUCUUCUGAACAUUAUCCAUAAAUGACCCCGUCCUGAAGCUUGUUUGUUCUUCUUGUAGCUGAAGUGAUUGGUUGUAAAAAGAAUCUCAUGGUUUUGGGGAUUCCCUGGGCACCGCUAUGGUGUUCACCUCAAGGUUAUCACAAGAGGAAAAUUCAAAGCUAAAGGAAGGAUAAUCGUAUAAUUAGUGUGAGGUUGUGUGUUUUGUGACAAUUCAGCAUUCCUGAUCAUUCUGAUGGCAGUAGCCUUCCCUUCUGGACAGUAUUUGCUGCCACAGAGGCAACAAUGAUUCUCUCAGGAAAUUAGGAGAGAGAUGGUCAUGUCUAUAUAGAGUUGCCAUCUUAAUUUUCUAAGAAUAGA